AUGGCUGGACAUUCACGUAGACAUAUUGAAAGUGAGUGUAAUAACAUUCUUACAAAAAUUGAUAAUUGGGGUAAGGAUAACAAAUUAGACUUUAAUCCUGCAAAGACAAAGGCAAUGGUCAUGGCAAGAAAUUUUACAUCGGCUUUUGAAAGGAGAUUACCAAUAAUCAAGAUGAGAAAUGAAAAUAUACAGAUAGUAAAGAAACUAAAUUACUUGGGUGUGACGAUAGAUAAUAGAAUGAGCUGGAAUGAACAUAUAAAAGGACUUAAAAUAAAGUGCAAUAUCAUUUUUAAUAAAUUGGAACAAGUUGCUAAUGGUACAUGGGGCCUCCGGUCCUCGGCUAUGGAAGGUAUUUAUGAUGGAAUGUUUGUUCCUAUAAUGACAUAUGCUGCCUCGGUCUGGUGUGGUAAAGUGCAUAACUCACUGCAAAAUAAGCAUCUUAGGCAAGCACAGAGGAUUGCUUUGCUGAGAUUAACGAAAUGUUAUAGGACGACAUCAACAGAGGGAUUAAUGGUAUUGGCUGGAAGGCUCCAGCUGCCUCAUCCGGCAAUGGAGUUUAGAGUUCAAGAGAUGGAUCAGCAAAGGUGCUAUACUGAGAUUUAUACGGAUGGUUCUAAGACCAAUGAAGGGACUGGUGCAGCAAUUGUGGUGUAUGAAAGGAAUGAGGAGAUAUACAGUCAAAAAUACAAGUUAGAAGAGUAUUGCUCCAACUUUCAGGCGGAGCUUUUGGCAAUAUAUAAAGCAGUAGAAUGGUGUAUUCAAAAUAAUAAAAGUGAGAGUGUAUGUAUCAGUACGGAUAGCCUUAGUGCCCUACAGGCUUUAUUAAGUCAUGAUUCGAAACAAAGACAAGUAUACGAAAUUAAAAAGCUCUUGUAUGAUAAAAGAAUGUUAAAGAGUAUUAAGUUCAAAUGGGUUCGAGCCCAUGUUGGAAUCUAUGGAAACGAGAGGGCGGAUAGAUUGGCAAAAAAAGCGAUAAGUGAUACACAGGUGAUAUUUGAUAUAAGGCCAAAGUUCUGGGCAAAGACAUUAUUAAGAAAUGAAACCAUAAGGAUAUGGCAACAAAAUUGGACAAACAGUGAUAAAGGAAGAAAAAUCUUCGGCUUUUUGCCUAAUAUUGAAGAGAGAAUCAGGCAAAUGAAAUGGUUGAAUCAUGAUAGAAUAGUAAUGAUCUUUCUCUCUGGGCACGAUGGUUUGGGAGAGUUCAAAAGGCGUUUUAGCCUUGGUGACAGAAAUGGAUGUAUUUGUGGUGAAGAUAUUGAGGAUUUGAAACAUAUAAUAUCUUAUCGAGGCAAACCUUUUGAUGUGAAAAAAUUUUCUGUGGACCCACAAAUUCUCAAACUACGGAACAAUGUAGUUUUGACUUCUUCGGGUCGCUUUUCCGGACUACCUAUGACCGUUAAACCGGACAGCUCGACGUUUUUGGACGUGACCCUUUGUGGUCUUUUUAUUGACAUUGCUGGUGCGUUUGAUAAUAUUUGGUGGCCCGCUGUGUUGCGUGUUCUGCGUCGUCGUAAUUGUCCGAUGGACAUUUACAGGGUUAUUAAUAGUUAUUUUGAUCAUAGGAUUGUUAGGUACUCUCAUGGUGAGGAGUAUUAUGAAAAAUUAAAGGAAUUUGAAGGAAAUCUUUCUGAAUUUGAAUGUGAAACAAGUGACGAAGAUGAUGAUGAGAUCUUCAUACCAACUGAAAGCACAAGUGAUUCUUCAGAUCCAGACUCUGAUGAAUCAGAAAAAAGCCCCCCGAUAUUAGGAAAAAGACGGGCCAUUACACCACAUCCAAGCCAGGCAAAAAGAAAAAAGGGAGCACUGCACAUGCCUGAAAUUGCAAGUGAUGACAAGAACCAUCGCUGCAGAAUGCCUAGGUGCAACAGCGUUAGGGCCAGAGUGUUCUGCACUGUUUGUAAAGUGCAUUUAUGUUUAGUCACAAGAAGAAAUUGCUUCAAAGCAUACCACGCAAUGUAA